GCAAUUCUCAACCCUUUUUGAUUAUUGAGUGUUUUGCUCAUCAUGGUAAAUAUCCUUUUAUAAUUUGAAUUUUGAAUAAUAAAUAAAUAUAUGCAAUUUUUUUCAAUUUACUGAAGUUACAUUAAUACAAUUUCAAAGUUCUCUGUCAGUGGACUUAGCUAUAAUUCUGGUUUACUAUUUUUUUUUCUGAUUCUUGUAUGUAUCCUUUGUUUCACUAUAGUUAAGAAAAGAAAUAAAAUCUAUUUGCCAAACAAUGAUUGAUGUGGAGCCGGAUAUGAUUAGCGGUUUACCAGGUAAUGUAAUAGAUGUGAUUCUGUCUUACUUGCCAAUUAGGGAAGCAGUUAGAACCAGUGUUUUAUCCAAACAAUGGAAGAACAGUUGGCACACACUACCUAAUCUUGUAUUUGAUGGAGAAUGUAUGGCUCCCCAAGACCCAUCCGUUAUUGAGAGCAAGUUUUUUAGAAUGGUUUAUAAUGUACUUUUAAAUCAUUCUGGGCCAAUCAACUUGUUCGAGAUCGAAUAUUAUGAUGAUAUUAGUCAGAAUCUUAUGAAUGAUAUUGAUCAGUGGAUUCUUCAUCUAGCCGGAAGGUCUAUUAAAGAGCUUUCGUUGCUCAUUUAUACUGAGGAUGAGAAAGAAUUCUAUAAGAUACCUUGGUGCUUAUUCUCUUGCCAAUGUUUACAUCGAUUAAAACUAAAUUAUUGUUGGCUUAAACCUCCAAAGAUGUUUGAAGGCUUCAAGCACUUGAAAAGCCUUUAUCUAACUAUGAUUAGAGUGGAUCAAAAUGCUUUAGAAAACUUGAUAUCCAGCUGCCCCCUACUUGAAGAGUUGACAUUGAUGGACAUUGAUGAUUUAACCGAAAUUACUAUUCAUGCACCAAAUCUCAACUAUUUUUAUUUCUGGGGUAACUUUGAGAGUAUCACCUUUGACAACACUCUCCAAUUGGCUACAAUAUCAAUUAAUUUAUUUAAGGAUUUGGACUCAGAAAGCAAUCAAAGCAGAUUACAUGGAUACUUUAGCAAUUUGCUCAAAUUUUUCGAUCAUCGACCUCACAUUCAGAGCCUAACAAUUGGUGCAUAUUUUUUGAAGUAUUUGACUGUAGGUGUUGUGCCAAUAAAGCUCCCUACACCUUGUAACAAUCUGAGAUCUCUUUCUUUAUGCAUAAACUUUUAUGACCUUGGGCAAAUUUCGGCUGCCAUUUGUUUGCUCAGAAGUUCACCUAAUCUUCAAAAUUUGGAAAUAUUUGCAAAGCUUAAUGUAUCUUUGGAACUUGGAACCUAUUGCUGGGAAGAUAAAUCUUUUAGGCCAGACACACCCAUCCCUGUGCGACAAGUGACAUUACAUUGGAUCUCUGGUAUUCAACCUGAAUUAGAUUUUAUCAAAUUUUUACUUCUCUAUUCGCCUGUGCUAGAAAAGAUGAUUGUGAAGCAUCUUCAUGUUGUCAGACCAGAGUUAGUGACUGAAUUAAUUCGGUUCAAGAGAUUGUCGGAAAAAGCUGAAGUUAUUUAUUCUUCUUAAUUCAUUUGAUGAAUUUUAAAGUUAUUAUGACUACUGUUAAUCUUUUUAAUUAUAAUUUAGAAAUUAUAUGUGAUUGACACUAAUUUUUUAGUCAAAAAACACUUUAUCGUUAUUA